UAUCAUCAUAGGCUGAGUCUGCUUGUCGGGCUUGUCCUGAUUGAGCAUCGUUCCCGUGCCACUGCCGAUACCGGUAACGCAAGCACGCCAUAGCCCUGAACCCCCGCUGCCCGAGCUCUGAGGUGAUGACUCUGGUCUGGCCUAUCGAAAUGCAAAUGUACCUGAACUUCAACACCAUUUCUUCUCCCGACGCCAACACCUAUCAUACUGGCUUCUCCUUCGAACAUUCCACGAUUUUUCUCCCAUACUCGAGACCCAACUGAUUACAACCGUCAGAAUACCUCCAAAUACAAGUGGCGUCCUGAACCUACACGAACACAAUCCCUUAAAGCGCCACUCCAUAGCUACUCCUUUAUUUUCCACCACCAUGUCGCAAGCUCCUACGGCCUCAGGCGAUAAAUCCAGUCUUGGAAAGGCUUUCCAGAAAUUGGAUCUUGAGGGUCAUGAUCUGCCUCCCUCUCCGGCACCAUCGAGCCCCCGCAAUGGCAGGAAAUACGCCCUGGCAACCGAGUUGGUCUACACCGAAGGAACAGACCAGUACAAUGCAAGCAGUGUGCCGAUAUAUCAAUCUGCGACCUUCAAAGGCAUUGGCAACGAAUACGAUUAUACGCGCUCGGGCAAUCCAACACGAACACAUGUCGAAAGACAUCUUGCAAAGAUCAUGAGUGCGAACAGAGCACUGGUUGUUUCGUCUGGUAUGGGAGCAUUAGAUGUCAUAACGCGAGUGCUCAGGCCUGGAGACGAGGUGAUCACUGGUGAUGAUCUAUAUGGGGGCACCAAUCGACUUCUGAAGUACCUUGCUACGAAUGGAGGAAUCAUCGUACACCACGUCGAUACCACAGAUCCAGAAGCCGUGCGGAGGUUUGUCAACGCGAAAACAGCCAUGGUAUUACUCGAAACUCCAACGAAUCCCCUGAUCAAGAUUGUGGACAUUCCUUCAAUCGCCCAGAUCACACACGCCACAAACCCUUCGGCAAUCGUAGCUGUCGACAACACCAUGCUCUCCCCGAUCCUGUCAAACCCUCUUGACCUCGGCGCUGAUAUUGUGUACGAGUCGGGCACGAAAUACCUUUCUGGACAUCACGAUUUAAUGGCUGGAGUGAUUGCCGUCAAUGACGCAGCUUUAGGAGACAAAAUGUAUUUCAGCAUCAACGCAUCGGGUUGCGGAUUGUCGCCUUUUGAUUCAUGGUUGCUUCUCCGAGGCAUCAAGACUCUGGCAGUGCGAAUGGAGAAGCAACAGUCCAAUGCGAUGCGCAUCGCCAGUUUCCUUGAGGACCAUGGCUUUCGGGUACGCUACCCAGGACUCAAGUCGCACCCGCAGUAUGAUCUUCAUCAUAGCAUGGCCCGCGGUGCGGGCGCUGUCCUGUCGUUCGAGACCGGCGAUGUCACAGUGUCGGAAAGAAUUGUUGAAAGCGCACAGUUGUGGGCCAUUAGUGUGAGCUUUGGCUGCGUAAACAGCCUUAUCAGCAUGCCUUGCCGUAUGAGCCACGCUAGCAUUGAUGCAAAGACACGAGCAGAGCGGAAUAUGCCUGAAGAUAUUAUUAGGCUAUGCGUGGGAAUCGAAGAUGUGGAUGAUUUAAUUGACGAUCUGAGCAGAGCGCUCGUCCAAGCUGGCGCUGUCACAGUAUCUGUCGAAAAUUUCCGCGCCAUCAAUGCACCCAGUACCGGACCUGCGUCCGGAGCGUCAUAAUGGUGACAGUGUUCUAUGUAUAGUGCCAUACCCACUUCUCGUCGGCACAAUGACGACGGCGCUGUGCCACCAUGGCGUUUGACGCGUUUAGCGCAAGGAGCGACGAAUAGCAAAAAAAGCAUCGGAUGUCGAGCCUAACGUGGUGUCUCCAGGAAGUGUCAAGGGUUACAGAUGAUGAUGAUGAAAAUUAGG